AUGAACUGUCGUCUCGAGGGAAAUUGUGUAAAAGCAUUUGGGAAGGCUAUUCAUGCCUUGUCACGGAUUGGAGAUGAACUGUGGUUGGACCCCACGGUCAGAGGGCUGGCGUUGAGAUCAGUGAAUUCUGCCCAUUCUGCAUAUGCCUGCUUCCUCUUCUCUCCACUGUUCUUCAAGAACUAUGAUGUGCGAGCAGCGUCAGAGCAGGGCAGUGACACAGUCAAAUGCAAACUGACCAUGAAGUGUGUUCUACCUCUUUUCCGGUGUUUAACUUCUAUUGAGCGUAAUGUGGAGCAAUGUCAAAUAUCAGUCGUCCCCCCCAAUGACCAAGUGAUGAUCCAGUUUUUCUGCAGGCAUGGCAUUACUAAAACCCACAACCUACGCUUCCAAGAAAGUGAGGCUCUGCAGGCAGUGUUUGCUUCACACCUCUGUCCCAAUGUACUGAAGGCUCCAGCCAGGCUGCUUGGUGAUAUGGUGAUGCAUUUUCCAUCAUCCCAGGAGGAAAUCACUCUGUCUGUGACUCCUCUGAGAGUCAGUCUUAGAAACUUCUAUGAUGCUGCUAAUGAUCACAUGAAGAUGAUGCUCACUGAGAUGUCCUUACACCCAGAUGAGUUUGACUACUUUCAUGUUGGUGUGGACUCAGAUAUAACCUUCUGUCUGAAGGAGUUAAGGGGUUUGUUGUCCUUUGCAGAGUCACAUUGUCUUCCAGUGUCAGUCCAUUUCGGUGGGGCAGGAAAGCCUGUUUGCUUUUCUGUGGAGGACAUGAUCCUGGAGGCUACUGUGGUGCUGGCCACUUUGUUUGACUCUGGCAGCAGCGGCCCCUCACAGUCUACAGCGACCCCAGCCCAUACUUCACCCAGGUGUGCAAAGACUUCUGUUUUACCUGUGGGUACAUGUGAAGCAAACUUCAGGGAGCCUGAGGAUACCUCUACUGUGACAGAGCUGAUAGCAUCCAGCCAGGGCAGUCCUAUGAUCAACCAGCCUGCACUGACACUGCUCCUGCCUCAUACUGACAGACUCUGUGUGCCGGGGGAGGACUGCACCAGUGCCGGUGCAACUCCUGCCUCCUCACCAAUCUGCUCUCUCCUGUUCAGAGCCUUGUCUACAGAGCAAGACAAUUCCUGUGUUGCCAAACUGCCUGUUCUGGCAUGUUACAGUGAUGAGGAGGAUAUGGAGGAAGAUUACACAAGAAGCCCUUCACUCUGA